CCUGUUUUGAAAAAAGACAGUUCUUAUCGGAGAAAGUAAAUUUUCAGAUAGGGCAGAAAAAGGAUUAAAAAAGGAAAUUCCGAUAAACAAGAUUAAUGCUCUUUUUCUCCUUAUCCGUUAAAAAGACUAGAAAAAGGGAACAACCAAACCAAACCAAAAAAAAAAGGAACCAUCUUUCUCCUAAAUCUCUACAAUGGCUCGAUCUUUAUCUCCUUCACUUUCUCUCUCUCGAUACCGUUUCGCCGCAGCUUCUCUUCUUCUCCCUUCAUCUCAAACCAUUUUCAUCCGAUCUCAAUCCUCCAAUCGUCGGUCUAACUCUAACCAUCUCGGAGUAAUCUACGAGAUUGAUAUCGCUGCGGAUCCUCUUGUCAAUAAGUUGGAAGAUGCUGUCCACCGGAUUAUGGUACGCCGAUCCGCACCUGAUUGGCUCCCUUUUGUCCCCGGUGCUUCCUUUUGGGUUCCACCUCCUAGAUCCCAGUCUCAUGGGAUCGCUAAGCUCGUUGAGAAGCUGGCCAAUCCGAUCUCUGAUGAAGAAUCUAUUUCAAUCUCAUCGGUUCGAGGAUGGCCUUGCUCUGAUUACUUCAUCAAAGGUGUAAAGCCUCAAUCAGUUGAGACGGAGAUGACUUCAAAUACUGCAUAUCACUCCGAGGACGAGGAAUAAACCCCAAAACUCGUCAGGGCUCUUGCUCUUCAAGAUUUGUAGAUUUAUGAACACGAAUCAACGAAGAUUCGAAUCACCAAGAGCAGCUGCAAAGACAUGGUUUAGACUUUUAGAUAAGGUAGAGUAAAGCAAACCUUUUACAGACUGAUCAGAUCCUAUCCAGUCUUAGUGAAAUUAAAUAAGGAAAAGGUGCUGUUGCUUUACCCUCUGUUUUCUUGUAAUCUCCCUUAUAACAGUUUGUUGAAUCGUGUGUAUAUAUAUUUCCGCAUAAGCUCGCAGAUUCGGUUCUCAUACCACAUUUGCAGACUGUUUUGUAUGAUGAUGCCUUGAGUCCAAAAUUAACGUGAAAAGAGAAUACAAUUAUAGAUAUAGGAUCGGCAAGUACAUGGUGUGGAGGUUAAACAAUAUCAUUACAUUUUUCACAAGGUAGUAUGCAACAAAUCCAAUGUACAUAAGGGGAAACUACUCUGAAGACUGAAGCUAUGAGCAUUACACAGUUUCCAAGAGAUUGAGAAGUCUGACAGAGCAUGGAGAGACAGAACAAGCAUAGUCCUGUUUCAGGGAGAAGAACUAGUCAGAGAUCAUUGGUUUGCAAUAUUUGACACAGGCAAGACGAAGGGUUUCCCAAAUGGCCAACUUUUGUUAAAUGCUAAGAAAUCCGACAUAUUGGUAUGUAAUGCUACUCAUAAGGUAACAGCUCACUCUUCCACAUUAAAAUGAAACUUUGUAUAAGUUUGAGACAAAAUGUGAAUGCUUUA